GUGGAGGUGGUGGUUGUUUUUUUUGGGAAACCGUUGCUCCACAAAUCCCCCUACAUUACCUCAGCUUUGUUCUCUCCUCUCGGUGUUGUUUCAUCCUAUUAUUCAUCCUAAAUGUGUGCACCUUUUCGUGCUCUAUUUAAGUUCAUGUCCUGCCAUUAAUUCCCCGAAACCAGAGGUGUUGUUCCGCUGCAGGGCCUGCUGCUUUCUGCCGACUGGAUCAAGGCAACAUUAUCCCACUACUAUGCCAACGUAGCGGUGUUAGCAUGCUAAGCUAACCUAACGGUUGUCGUCUCUUCUUCUAACAGCUCUUACUUCACCUUUAAGUAAAUAUCUAGGUACCUUUUUAAGUUAUGUUCAUAUUUCCCUGCGCUUUUCCAUCGUUAACUGUGUGUGUUUUAAAGUAAGAAACCCCUCACACACACUGAACCACACACAGGUAAUGUUUAGGUGGUGUUGAAUUACGCGACCUCAAAGUUUCCGUUAUGUUUGUCCUGCUAGCUGCUGGAGUAGCUUUAACGCUUUCAACGCUACACGACUUGUGGGAAUGUGAAAGUAAAGAGACAGAGUUAAAACCUUGGAUUGAAACACAACGCUUAUUUUGCAAACUGUUCAUAAGAAAUGAGUUGUGAUGUGAGAGGAGACAGACAGCCUCACAGAGCUGCUCAUGAAUCCCGUUACACAUGUGGUGAUGACCUGGAUGGUGCCAUGUAAAUGAAUGAAGAAGACCAUGAAGCCCACACACAAGCUGCUGUUCGUCCUGUGCCCCAUGCUGGUCCUGGGCUUUAUUUACUACUCCUCCGGGAAGCUACAUCUACACGUAUGGGGCCAGAAGCCUCAGUUUUCAGAGAUUGAUGCAGAAGAGACCACUGUAGUCCUGACUAAAGUGACUGAAGUGAAAAGAAUCACAGAGAUGGAAACGGACAUCACCGUGGGACGAAUAGUAGGCUCAGUGUAUGAUAAGCAGGGCUUUCUGCUGCAGCUGGACACAAAACUGCCAUCAGAGUUGGCGUACAAGUAUGGCAACCUCAGCGAAGGAGUGUGCAAGCCAGGAUACGCAGCAGCCAAGAUGACCGCCAUCUAUCCUAAGUUCAUGAAACCAGCACCCAUGUUUCUUGAUCGGAACUUCAAACGUCUAGCAAAAGUCAGCAAUUACUUACCUCCAUUUGGAUUCAAAACGCAAGAGAGAAUCAUAGACGGCAUUUUAACUGUCACGAAAAAUUACGGGCUUGGAGAGGAGCUGGACAGUCUCAGCUGUAAAAGAUGCAUCAUUGUGGGCAACGGGGGAAUCCUGUACAACAAGUCUCUGGGCUCUCGUAUAGAUGACUACGAUGUCGUAGUGAGGUUGAAUGAAGCUCCAGUAAGCGGUUAUGGCAAAGACGUGGGGACCAAAACCACCCUUAGGAUUACCUAUCCAGAGGGAGCUAUCCAGAAGCCUGACAACUAUGAAAAAGACUCUCUUUUUGUUUUUUCCGCUUUCAAACCACUGGAUUUCAAGUGGCUCAGACAGAUGGUCUUCAAGGAGAAACUGAGGGGUACAGAGGGUUUUUGGAAGUCGGUGGCUCACUACGUGCCUCGGGAGCCGACAGAGAUGAGAAUCCUCAAUCCCUACUUCAUUCAGGAGGCUGCCUUCCAGUUCAUAGGCCUGCCCUUCAACAACGGCCUCAUGGGCAAAGGGAACAUUCCAACUUUGGGAACAGUUGCUAUAACGAUGGCACUGCAUAACUGUGACGAGGUGGCGGUGGCUGGUUUCGGCUACGACAUGAACACGCCACACGCACCUCUGCACUAUUACGAGACCGUCAAGAUGUCCGCCAUCAAAGAGUCGUGGACACACAACAUAUCGAAGGAGAAGGAUUUCCUCCGCAAGCUGGUGAAGGCCAACAUCAUCACAGACCUGACCAACGGUAUCUGAGUUUACACCCACGCCCACAGUCUCCUUCUGCCUUCCCUAAAAGGACUAUUAAACAGGAAAACUGAGAAAUGGGUUGACUCUGGGAGAAAGAACCCUUUAGAACCCGGGUGGCCUGCACACUGUCUGGGUUUUUCAUAUCGAAGGAGAUUAUUUAAAAAAACAAACAAUACGGGAGGGUUUCUGCGGAGAGAUGCACACAUGUGCCUUCUGAACCAAAGACUCCUGCUGAUUGAAGCAGGGAGCGGAGGGGGUGGACACACAGGGAGGACUGGAUCUGCCCGGUUUCCUGUCUUAUCGAGGGGGGGCGGGGGGCGGGGGGAGGGGUGGGGGGGGGGCGGUCGCAGGAAAGCUACCUGCCGGCCCUGCGCUUCAACGUUUACCACUUCAACCCCCGAAGUAUCACACGAAUGAAUGAAUGAAUAGUAAAGAGCGGAAGUUGACAUACAGAUGUCAGGAUUUAGCUUGACUCACUGGCUGACUUGAUGAAGGCACAGGCGAGAAAGGAAUGAAAAGAGGACCAUUUGAUGGAGAGCGUUCGGGGAUGGGUUGAGUAUUAGCAGUGCCAAACGUACCUCGUACAGGGGAGAGGCCGUCCUCCUCCUUUUUGCUGCCUGAAUGUAUUCACUUUUCCUCAGUGUAAAUAUCAAAGAUUUUUACUGUGCUUUUUAACAAGCUGCAGCAGCCCCCCAACCCCCAAUCCAUCCCCCAAUCCAUCCCCACCCACCAUGUGUCCAUUCAUUCAUUCACUUUUUUACUGCCUGUCCAGGGUCCAAAAUUAACACUUGCCAAGCCAGUUGACGGUAGAUAAAUCAGCGCGGGUCACCUGCCACACAGACUGGUGUCACUUUGAGACACAACAGUUGAGUAUUUGGUGAUAUACUGACUCAAGUUUUCUCUGUAAAGUCUUUGUAAGGGAAUUAUAUUAGUGACUCUAUGAAGCAGGUUCUUUCUGCUUGUUACAUGUAAGCAGCUUUACACAGAGUGGCUGUGUGUGUGUGUGUGUGUGUGUGUGUUAUUCCCAUGUGGCUGCUCACAUCAGGCGAGAGGUCAAGAUUAAGCUGUAUAAGAUUCUCUACACUAACUACCAUUGAAAGUAUCAGGAAAAAUGUAUAUAGAUUAUUUUGGUCAGUCUAAAUUAUUUGAAUCGUGGGGCGGUUUUGUUUUUAGUUUACCAGCUCUGGCAGGUGAGCCCCAAAAGUUUAAGCAUCCCUCUCAUUCCACCUCUCUUCCUCUCGGCUCAUCCGUGUCACGGUACUCGUCUUCAUCAGCUGUGAGGCCUCCGGGCUGCAGCGUGUACAGUAGACGUACAGCAGCGUGUCCCGCCCCGGUCAAGGAGAGCAGAUUCCGUAUGUGUCCUCCAUCCUCCCGUUGCUGCAGGUUUUUCUUGUUCUUCAGUAAAUGGUGAAGUCGCGGAUUGUAGAAUAUGAAUAUAUAUAUUUUUGUUUUUAGGUCAAUUUUAAUUAUUUAUUUUUUAAUGUUAGUAAGUCCCAGCGUUUCGGUCACAGGCAGGCCUGCUUCCUGUUGUCUUUGUCCAGAGAAGACGCAAAAGUUUUUUUUUUUUCUCUCGAUUUCACCACCUUGUGUUUCCUCAGAGACUGCAUCAUCUUUUUACAAUUGCGGCAGAAGCAGUGUUGUUAUUAAGCCAAAUACAAACGGAUUUAAGUAAUAAAUGUUCCCUUUAUUUUUAUG